AUGCCUUCGAAAGUCGACAUGCCGAUCGAGGCACCAGCCCUGGUGGCAGUGACAGGCGCCAAUGGCUUCAUUGCCCAGCACUGCAUCGCCGCAUUGUUAGCAAAGGGAUACCGCGUUGUCGGCACCGUGCGUUCAGAGACCAAAAUCGAUGGUGUAAAACAGACCCACGGCUCGCACCCUAAAUUAUCCGUCGUCACGGUCAGCGACAUCACAAGCCCACGCCAGUACCUCGAGGUCCUCGGACCCUUGUCGCCCGCUGCUGUCCUACACCUGGCGGCACCAUUCCACUACAACGCCACCGAUUUCGAAAAGGAGCUCAUGGUGCCGGCCGUCCAAGGGUCCACCGCUAUCCUCGAAGCGUGCGCCGGCAUCAAGUCCGUCAAGAGAGUCGUGCACACCAACAGCUUCGCCUGCAUCUACGACGCCGCCGCGGGGCCGCGGCCGGACAAGACGUAUACCGCCAGGGACUGGAGCCCGCUGACGUACCAGGACGGCGUCGAGGCCCCCAACGCGCCGACGGCCUACCGCGCGAGCAAGACGGCCGCCGAGCGCGCGGCCUGGCGGUUCAUGGAGGACAACAGCCAUGCCGGCCUGGGCUUCGACCUCGUCAGCCUCUGCCCUGCCAUGGUCUUUGGGCCCUUUCUGCCCAAGGCGAAGCCGCGCGCCGUCGCCGACGUCAACACGAGCAACCUCAUGGUCUGGGGCGUGGCGGGCGCGGGGCGUGACGCGGCCGUGCCGCCCACAAAGGGUCCCGUCUGGGUCGACGUGCGUGACGUGGCCGACGCCCACGUCAGGGCGCUGGUGGUGCCCGAGGCCGGCGGCGGCAGAUAUCUGCUAGCGCAGGGCGUCUACUGCAACCAGGAGCUCGCCGACGUCGCGCGGGAGGUGAUGUCCUCGCACCAGGGCAGGAUCCCGGUGGGAGAUCCGGGGAAGCGCGAGGCCGACACGCACUUUGGCGUCGACGCGACGGAGACGGAGCGGGUGCUCGGUGUGUCGUGGCGGGGCCUCGAUGAUUGCUUGCGCGACCUGCUGCCCCAGCUUUUUGAGAUUGAGAAACAGCAAAGCGCGAAGUAG